AUCUGCAAGUAUUUUUCAACUUUUUAUUAUUAGUGAUAACACUAGAGCUUCGUGGCCGUAGUCCUUAUCCACAAUCUGAUGUGUUGCCCCGUUGCUGGUAGUGUGUGGGAUCUAAAUUUAAAUUUAAUGCUGCAAAAAAAUGGCACUCUCUUUAAGGCAAAAAAAUCCUUUCUAGGCUUCCAUCAUAUAUACCACCACAUCCAUACANGGGGGUAGAGAGAGCGUAGAGAGAGAGAGAGAGAUGUUGGAAGGGAAAGCAGUGAUUGAAGAAACAGACAUGCCAGUGAAGAUGCAGAUUGAAGCCAUGGCAUGUGCUUCUCAAGCUCUGGAUCUUUAUGAUGAUGUUCUUGACUGCAAAUCCAUUGCUGCUCACAUCAAGAAGGAGUUUGACAAGGAAUAUGGGAGUGGUUGGCAAUGUGUGGUGGGGUCACACUUCAGCUGUUUCUUCACUCACAGUAAAGGAACUUUCAUCUAUUUCACCUUGGAGACUCUCAACUUCCUCAUCUUCAAGGGGUCAUCUUCUCCCCAGAGCUCUCCUUCAUGAGACAGCAAAGCCAUCCAAUGCAUAGUUGAAGGGAGGAUGAAAAUAAGCAUGGGAGUAAAAGUCCUAUAGUCAGUAACCAUCAUACCUAUGUACCUUUCCUUUUUCAACGUAUGAAAGCUAUAUGCAUCUGAGUUCAAAGUAAAAUGCAAAACACUAG